AUGUCCGCGGCCUCGUCCCGCGCCGGCAGCCCCCCGCUCCAGGUCGCGCGUCCCCUCCGCUUCUCUCACCACGCCCAGCACGACCUCGACUACACUCGCCGUCACAGCAAGCUCCCCGACCUUCUGAGCGCCCGCAAGCGCACUGCGUCGUUGCCCCCGCGGAAGGACAAGGACGGCCGUCUCGGCACAGACCCGUUUACCGCCCAUCCCUCCGGCUCAGCCUCAUUCGUGACCUAUGACGCCCCCGCCCCAGCCUCACCCUCGACGUCCAUGGUCUCCUCCCCCGUCUCCCCUCAUCCCAACGGCGCAACAAAUACCAGCAUACCGAAACGCUCUCGUGGGAGCAUCCUCCGCCCCUCCGGCAUUAGCCUGCCCUUCACCCGCGGACGCAACAAGGGCAAGAAAAGCCAUCCGCCUGCGACGACGCCCAUUAUGUACUCGGAGGUCAUCGAGAUUUCCGCCCCGCCCCCGCUGCCCCCAGAGGAGGAGGAGGACCGGGAACGUCUCCGCGACGCCGCUGCACAGUCGAUUGGGCUCGAUCCCGUCCUGUUAGAAGACCGUGAGAGCGUCCUUUCCGCCCGCUCGCCCACCCGCUCGUUCUCCCAGUCCCACGUCCGCUCUGAGCGGUCACGGUCGAGGUCAAGAUCAAGGUCCCGCUCCAUAUCCCCCACCCGUUCGCGCGUUCCUGCCUCCAGCACCCGUGCGGGCACGCCUGCGACAAGGUCGAUACCUCCGUUCCCUGCCGUGCAGUCUGCGCUGGCACCCUGGGUGCAGCGCUCGUCUCGCAUCGCAAAACAUUACCCGCCCGGCUCGCUGUUUCGCUUUGCUCUUGCGAAGCAGUGGAAGACACGAGUCCUCGUCUUCACCUCGUCGCCGUUCCCUGCGCCAGGGUCACCGACACACCACACUACCUCCUUCACGACGCAGUAUCCCUGCUCCAAUUCUUCGGCGUCCCUUCCGCAAAGCGUCGCCCACCUUCAUCUCUUCAAAUCGGAAAGCGGGAAUGAACGGGAGCUGGAGAGGGUGGAAAUCAGCGCGGAGACGGUCGUGUACCUCUCGCAGGACGAGAUUGGAGGGCGGCGCGGGGUGGUACGGAUAGGUGGAGCACAGACCGGUGAUAUGGCAAUCUGGACGGCAGUCCCGACGGAGGCGCAAGAUUGGAUUGCAACCAUAAAGCAUGCGGUCCUGAGCGAAAGAUCGGUCCGAGCCGGUCUGGGGGCGAUGACACAGUCAAACGGCUUUGAACCCCGCGGCGACCUGGACGCGAUGCUUUCCAUGCGCGCGCAGGGUAUAUUCACUUUGCCUAUUCCUACCCCAGUGUCCCCGCCGACUUCGGUGACCACGACGUCGAUGCAUACACCGUCAUCAUCGACAGCUGGAACGACUUCGCCAACUCCCUCGGUUCGCUCAGCCUCUCCGCCACUUAGCCGUCCACCUUCGGUCGCCGUAUCUGCGCUCCGAGGCAUUUUCGGGAACAGCAGGCCGCGGUCGCCCUCUACUGCGACGAUGGAUGCGUCCUUCAGCACCAUCCCGGAACGUGAAGGUACGGAAACGCCUCCACCUCCCGAAGACGCAUCCUUUGGCCGCGCGGGGACGAACCUACUCAGCAUGCUGCGAACGAACAGUGCCGGGAUGUCUAGUGAGCGUCCGUUGUCUAUUACUUCCAUCGCAUCCAGUCCGACAUCCGGCACUCCGCGGGUUGGCACGCUCAGCCCUCACGACCUCCCCGUGCAAAUGGGCUUGAUCCCGCCACCUGGCCAGAUGCCGUCCCUCGACCAGAAGAUCCUACAGGAUAGAGACCGCGACAUCUUGCUUCCUCAACGUAGUUCGGGUCUUGGACUCUCAGGCAUGAACGGCUCCGCGAACGGUCCUAGCUUGCACCUGCACCGGUUAUCAGGAGCCCUACAGCCCGCCCCUCGCCGACGCGCCUACACCGCGACAGGUGCCCCGCCAGCAGCUCGUUCGAACGGCGAUCGCUCUACACUCGUUUUCACCCAUGGGAAUGCGAGUGCAGCGGAGACGCUUGGGGUGCCUGUGAGGCACAACGGUAGCGCGUUCUUGACCGCGAUGUCUGGCGCUUCGUCGUCAGCGUCGCCUGUCUCCCCCUCAACGACGUCCAGUCCGCGGUUCAGCCCAAGCCCUAGUCUUAGUCCUAGCCUUCCGACAAGCAUCAGCAAUAUCAGUAACGGUGGACAGGGUGGACAUAUUUCACCACAGCCACGGCAAGAGGGGCGACCUCGAUCGUCAUGGUCUUCGGUGUCUUCACGGGGCUCAAACGAGCAAAGCCCGCCUCGGACCUCGUUCGAUACCAAGCGCUGGUCCCGCCAAGGGAUACUUCCGAAACGCCUCACGCCCCCCAGUGGCCCCCCUCCGGCAACGCCGCCAUCGUCGACUACCCCCUUGUCCUCGAACGCCCAGUCGAACACAUCGCCGAGUCGCAUGCAGCGCCAUCCGUAUGCUGCGGAUAUGCAGAGCUCCCCGAGCAGGUCGUCCUCCGUACGGUCUGCUUCUAGCCCGCAAAGCUUCAUCUCGGGCCUUCAGAACUUCUCCAAGCGGGCGUCGGUGUCGUCGGCAAGGAGCGAGAGCACUGUGAGCACGACGCACACUACACAGAGCAGGGCGACGGGAGGUGGGAGUGGGAGCGGUUUCUUAGCGCCACCGCACUCACCGACGCACGUACGUCCUCGUUCGACCCAUCGCAUUUCUGCGCCCCCUCCCCAGCGUCCCAUCCCGGUCAUGGCCCUGCCGCCGACUCCGGGUGGUGAAGACUUUGGUCAAGGCAAUGGGCGGGCAUCGUUCCUCACCAUUCCCUCUCCCAUCCAAACGCCGAAGCCCCGUGCAUCUGGCUACCCGUCGCGGCCUCCGCACUCUGCCCCCGCCACGAAAACAUCAUUCCGCGAGUCCUUCUCCCUCCGAAGUGGCCGAUUCUCGCUUGCUCCGCCGUCGACACGCCCGCCGUCCUCCACCCUUCCGCCUCGUCCGGACGAGCUGCCUAUCAGCCAGACGCAGAGCUUGCUUAUCCCGUCGCGGUCCUUCCGAGCCUCGCAUGGACACCGCCGCUCUCUGAGCAGUGGGAUGGCACUCCCGACGAUCCCCGCCUCUCCGAGCAACCUCACCCCGCCCGCCCCUGCACCCGCUCCGGCCCCGGUCGAACUCCUCCCGUCGCCGGCGCUGCACUCGCCCACUGUGUUGAGUGCUAGCUCACUUAUCAAGCGCCGCUUACGCAUCCUAAGCGCGCCGUCGCCCAUCCCACCGCCGCAGAACCCCCUUCCGAACCCGCCAUCACCCGCGCCCUCCUCCAUCGACCCGUACUCACUCCCACCAACCCCGAUCGGGGAGCCCAUCCUUGGCCUUGGGGCGCUCUCGCUCGACAUGCCCCAACCCCGGUCUCCUGCAGUCGACGCGGGCAUGAGCUUCUUCGCAAUGGCGCCCACUCCGCCGCACUCGCCGUUUGCGACGAGCCCGCGCUUCGGGCCGCCCAGCGUCGAGCAGUCGCCCGAGAUGGGCGGGAUGACCUCGCUGCCUCCGCCGCCGCGACGCGGGUCGCGCCAGAUCUCGAUCCCCGUCUCGGUCUUGCACCUGGACGACAGCGACGGGACGGCGUCGAGCGAAGAUCACGCGGCGCGUGCGGGUGGUGUGGACAGUCCGCCCGAGUUCCGGCUCGACAUCACCAGCGUCGGGGACGAGCGCGAUGCGGCAGCGAACGGCGGGGAGAGCAAGCCACUGUCACUGUCUCCGAAGCCUGUUCCGGCGGAGCUCGCCGCGGAGGAUGUGCGGAUAUGA